UUAUCGGUACCACAUCACCUGUGCGUGAGACGUCGUCUUCGGCUUGGCUGGAGUCGCAUUUCCGGCAACGCAAUAUUAAGGGUUUACUUUUUCCCGCCAAGUGUGAAACGAAGCAUUUCACUAAUUUUCCCUCUAAAACCACCGACCGGAAUCCACCACCGGUUAAUGUUACCGCUCCGGUCAUGUUGUUUCACCGCCACUCACACCACCACCACCAUAACCACCGUACUCUGUAACCCUAUCAAACAUCAUCUUCUUAAACUUAAACAACUAUCAUACUCCAAAAUGUCAUCAUCACGCCCCUCUGCGUUCGACGCACUCAUGUGCAACUCACGUGCCGCCGCGUCCAAGAACAAAACGCCGUCGUCUUCAUCUUCUUCUUCAUUUUCCCCCAAAAAACGCAAAACCCUAAUUUCAAAAUCCCCAAUUAAUCCCACUCCAGUUACCGAAUUAAAGCACUCAGAAGAUGAAAUUCAUGAAUCAAACUUCAAAAAAGUUGAUAAAAACCAAGUUAAAGAUGAAAUUAAUGAAUCAAAUGGGACGAAUGAAAAAAAUCCAAACCCUAAUUUUGUUCAAUUGGAGGAACAAAAGGUUUUGAAGAAAGUAAAACUGGUUAAUGUGGAUGAGAGUGUUGUUGAAUUGAAGAAGAAACCGGGUGAAUUCGACCCGGAGAAAGCCGGGUACUGGGGGGCGGGUGAGCGGGUGCCGUUUAUGUUUGUAGUCAAGGUGUUCGAUGAAAUUUCGAGGGUGUCGGGUCGGAUUAUGAUUACUGAAAUGGUGUGUAACAUGUUGAGGACUGUGGUUAGGACCACACCAGAUGAUUUGGUUGCGGUCGUAUACCUUUUAGCGAAUAGAAUCGCGCCGGCUCAUGAGGGGCUGGAGCUCGGGAUUGGGGAUGCUUCUCUUAUUAAGGCACUUGCGGAAGCGUGUGGUGCGACUGAAGCACAUAUUAAAAAGCAAUAUAAGGAGCUUGGAGACUUGGGUCUUGUUGCUAAAGCGAGCCGGUUGUCUCAACCUUUGAUGCGGAAACCGCAACCGUUGACUGUGGCUAAAGUUUUUGAUACGUUUCGGGUUAUUGCCAAGGAAUCUGGAAAGGAUAGUCAAGAUAAGAAGAAGAAUCACAUCAAGGGACUUCUUGUUGCAGCAACCGACUGCGAACCCCAAUAUUUAAUCCGUCUGCUUCAGACAAAAUUGAGAAUCGGUUUAGCAGAGCAAACUCUCUUGACAGCCCUGGGUCACGCCAUUUUCUAUACUGAAAAACACCCAUCACCACCAGCUCGCACCAAUUCACCUCUAGAAGACGCUGCUAAGAUUGUUAAACAAGUGUAUUCGGUAAUUCCGGUAUAUGACAAAAUUGUCCCUGCUCUUCUUUCUGGGGGUGUUUGGGAUUUGCCCGAAACGUGUUGUUUUUCACCUGGUAUUCCGGUUGGACCUAUGCUAGCUAAGCCUACUAAAGGUGUAUCUGAGAUUUUAGAUAAAUUUCAGAAUAUGGAGUUCACUUGUGAAUAUAAAUAUGACGGUGAACGGGCCCAGAUACAUUAUUUAGAGGAUGGCACGGUUCAAAUAUACAGCAGAAAUGCUGAAAGAAACACUGAGAAGUUUCCGGAUGUUGUUGUUGCUGCUUCAAGAGUUAAAAAACCAAAUGUAACAUCAUAUGUUCUGGACUGUGAACUGGUUGCAUACGAUCGCAAGAAGCAGAAAAUUCUACCAUUUCAGAUUUUAAGUACGCGUGCUCGCAAAAAUGUUGUGAUGAGUGAAAUUAAGGUUGAUGUAUGCAUAUAUGCAUUUGAUUUGUUGUAUCUGAAUGGAAAGCAGCUGUUGCACGAACAACUUAGUACUCGUAGAGAGCGGUUAUAUGAAUCAUUUGAGGAAGAAUGUGGGUAUUUUCAGUUGGCAACAGCCAUAACAUCCAACGAUCUGGAGGAAAUACAAGCAUUUUUAGAUACUGCUGUGAAUGCAAGUUGUGAGGGAUUAAUCAUCAAAACAUUAACUCAAGAUGCUACAUACGCGCCUGCAAAACGAUCAAAUAACUGGCUCAAGUUAAAGAAAGACUAUAUGGAUACUAUUGGUGACUCGUUAGAUUUAGUACCCAUUGCUGCCUUUCACGGUCGAGGAAAACGUGUCGGUGGAUACGGAGCCUUUCUUCUCGCUUGUUAUGAUAUUAACAAGGAUGAAUAUCAAACCAUUUGCAAGAUUGGCACUGGAUUUUCAGAAGCCAUGCUUGAAGAGCGGUCCAAGAGUCUUAGUCUUAAAGUGAUCCCAAAACCGAAGCAGUCAUACUAUCGAUAUUCAGAUACCAUAAAUCCAGAUGUGUGGUUUGAGGCAUCUGAGGUUUGGGAGGUUAAAGCUGCAGACUUGACCAUCAGCCCGGUUUAUUGUGCUGCACUCGGUGCAGUUGAUCCUAAUAAGGGUAUUUCACUACGAUUUCCACGUUUACUUCGUGUUCGAGAAGACAAGGGCCCCGAGGAAGCUUCAUCUUCAGAAAUGGUUGCUGACAUGUAUAAUGCUCAGAAGCAUACCCAAAAUAACAAUCAAAAUGAUAAUGAAGAUGAAUGAAGUCAAGUUGAUGGGAAUGGCCCUUUAAUAAUUUUCUUUUCUGUUUAUGUAAAUACUUAUAAGAAAAGUGAUUUUGUAUUCUUUCUGCCGUAAAAUUUUGGAUUUUCGGUGACUAAAAUUUAAAAUGAUUUUUGAAAGAAAGAUAAGGAGCCUUAAAUUUUGAAA